AUGGACGGCGCCGAGGCGCUCUCGCUGGCGAAGCGCGCCUGUCCGCAGUUCGCCUCCGCCGGCCUGAAACCGCUCGACCCGUCGUCGAUCACCAAGGUCGAGACGCGGUCCGUCGCGCGGCUCUGGGCCGGCAUGGGGUCCGUCGUCGAGCUGCGCGUCAAGGCCGGCGAGGACACCGCGGCGACGAUCAUGGUGAAGAAGGUCACGCUGCCGAAGCGCUGCGCGAGCAUCGGCGACCGGCGGAAGAAGGCGUCCUACGAGGUCGAGUGCAACUUCUACGAGAAGUACGCGGCCGAGGUCGCCGCCGCGGGCUGCGCGUGCCCGCGGCCCCUGCUCGUCGAGCGCCGCGGCACCGAGGGCGUGACCAUCGUCAUGACGAAGCUCGUCGGCUCGUCCGCGCCCAUGGACGGCGCCCGGAGCCGCCGCGUGCUCUCGGGCCUCGCGAAGCUGCACGCGCUCUUCUGGGGCGCCGCGGCCGACGCGGCCGUCGCCGGCGGCCUCGCGGCGCAGGGCGAGUACUGGUACCUCGACACGCGGCCCGACGAGCACGCCGCCAUGCCGAAAAAGGGCUGGGAGGGGCGGCUGCGGCUGGCGGCGCGCGCCAUCGACGACCGGUUGAAGUCCGACAGUAGCCAGACGAUCGUCCACGGCGACGCCAAGUCGGCGAACAUCAUCUUCGCCGCGGACGGCGAGCCGCUUUUCUACGACUUCCAGUACGUGGGCAAGGCCUGCUGCGCGAAGGAUUUGGCCUACUGCCUCUGCUGCUGCUGCGACGACGCCGACGACGAGGCGGCGCUCGUCGCGCACUACCGCGCGGAGCUCGCGGCCGCGCUCGGCGCCGCCGCGGCGCCGUCCCGGGAGGCGCUCGACGACGCGCUGCUGCUGGCCUACGCGGACCUUGGCCGGUGGAUGUCCGGCUGGGGCUGGUGGGGGCACGAUCUGGAAUCGAAGAUCAGGGUCGUCCUGGACCGCCUCGACGGCGGCGCGGCGCUCGCGUCGGAGGCGGACUACGCGGCCGCGAUGGAGAAGGCGUUCCCGAUCCGGCAGCCCACGCUCUUCCUGUUCGCGGCUCUGGCGGCGGUGGCGCGCGCGUACAAUGCGAGCGACUUCUCCUUGACGGGGACUUUCGGCUACGAGUACACGACCUACAACACGCAGCUGCUGGCGGACCUCUUCGCGGACUACGACCGCUUCGCGCUCGCGAACAACGCGAAUAAGUCGGACGUCACCUGGGGCGCGAGCGGCACGGAGGUCAUGCUAGAGAUCCGCAUCUACAGCGUGCAGCACGUCGACACGAAGAGCGGGUCCAUGGAGCUGAAGGUCUGGAUGAACAUGAUGUGGCGCGACGACCGCCUCCGGUGGAACGCGAGCGACUACGGCGGCGCCGACAUCAUGAUCGUCCCCGCGACGGGCGACGACGCGCUCAUCUGGACGCCGGACAUCAUCGUCUAUAACGGCGAGGGCAACGCGCCCGUGGCGCCGCCCGGCGACUGGGAGGGCCCGUUCGACGCGACGGUCUACGCCGACGGCCGCGUCUACUACUCGCGGCCGGGCCUGAUCAAGGUCCUGUGCAAAUACAGCGGUUUGGUCGCGCGCGCGGCCGGCGCGAGCGGGACGUUCCCCUACGACAAGCUCAAGGCGACCAUCGACCUCGGGAGCUGGUCGUUCCCGGGCGCGCCGCGCGGCGUCUCCGCGCCGUCGCGGCUCGAGAUCGCGCGCGCUACAGCGAGUUCGCGAUCCACCGGCUCCACUCGCGCCGCGCCCGCGCCGGCGCGUCGGCGCCCGCGGUCACGGUCGGCACGCAGGUACAAGACGGACAUCUACUACAGCAUUUCGCCGUUCCCGUUCCCCGUGGUGACGAUCACCAUCGACCUCGACCGCGCGAGUUCGCACUUCCUGCUCCAGUUCGUCGUGCCGGGCCUCGCGCUGACGCUCAUGAGCUUCCUGCCCAUGGCCAUGGCGCCGGACGCGGGCGAGCGCAUCGGCUUCGCGAUCACGCUCGUGCUCGUCUACGCCGCGAACAAUAUCGCCAUGAACGAGAACGAAUACAUCCCCAUCUGCCACGAGCUCCUGUGGAUCCAGGUCUUCGACAACGUCAACCUCGGCGUCGCGCUCCUCGCGCUCCUCCAGUCCGUGUUCAUCCUCUGGUGCUUCUACCAGCCGAGCAAGUGCCUCUUCCUCGCGCGGGUCUGCGCCGCGGUGACGCCGAAGAACGGGCUCCGGGACUCCGGCGCGGACGCGCUCCGGCCCCGGUGCUCGAGCGACGCCGCGGGGCUCGAGCGCGACGCCGUCGUCGCCUCCAAGGCGCCUCCGCCGCGCCUUGGAGGCGACGCCUCGCGCGACGACGCCAUGUCCUUCGCCGCGGAGGACCUCACCGACGUCCGCGCCGUCGAGGCCGGCGAGGAGCCGCCCUUCGCCUGCGGCUGCGUCGGGUCGCCCGACGCGCCGCCGCCGCGGCGCGAGAGCCGGCCGCCGCCGCCCUGGGAGCUGCCCCCCGCGGACUUCGACGGCGACGGCGCGCGCGCGGCCCUCGGCGACGACGAGGACGACCACGAGGCCACGCGACGCCUGACGCUCUACGAGGCCUGCUGGGAGAAGCUCAGCGACGACGGCGCCUUCGCCGCGGACCUGCCCCGCGCGGACGUCGCCGCGUGGCUCACCUACGCGGCCAUGCACCUGCCGUCGCCGCGGCGGGCCGCGCUCCUCGGCGGCUACGGGCCGUCCGUGGCCGAGCACGACUUCCCGCGCCUCUGCUGCGACGCGCUCCGCGGCGUGCCGGCGGACGUCGUCGAGGCGACGACGGACCUCUACCUCGCGAAGCGCGCGAAGCGCCACCGCGUCAUGGCGCGCGCGGUCACGGACGCCGUCGACGGCGCCUGCCUCUUCGUCUUCCCGCUCUGCUACGGCGUCGCCAUGAUCAUCCUCUUCAACGUCGAGUUCCGCGACAGCUACGCCGACGUCGACGACGGCGAGGUCCUCGAGCCCAACUUCCACGCGGGCGAGAUCGCCCUCAAGAGCUGCGUCUUCGUCUUCGCGCUCCUCGCCGCGACGGCGGUCUACCACAAAGCGCCCGACGCGGUGAAGGAGGUCGAGGCGGCCACCAGUGCCGAGUCCCGCCUCGCGGCCUCGAAGAAGUGCUACCGCGCCGUCUGGGAGCUCCGCGGCGCCCUCCGCGACGUGCACGCGCUCGGCCCGCUGCGCGAAAACAGCGCGCAGGCCAAGGCCUGGGACGCGCUCGAGGCGCUGCUCGGCGCGCGGGGUUUGGUCGUCUCGGAGGCGCUGCGCUUCGGCGCGCGGGAGGCCGUCGUCGCGCUCUACGGCGCGGGCGACGCGGGCGGCCAGCUCUACGCGGCGGCCCGGGGCCUCCACGAGCUCUGCGGCGAGUGCUCGACGUCCGUGCUGCCCGUCGCGGCGAAGAAGACGCAGAACCGGUCCGUGGGCUCGCGCGCGGCGUCCGCGGCCGCGCUCGGGCGCCUCUGCGCGGCGCACGGCGACCGUCUGGGCCCCGCGACGCUCGGCGAGGCGCGCGUGCGCCUCCUGAAGCACGGCGCCAAGGCGCCCGAGGGCUGCGCGCGCGCCGCCGCGCUCCGGGCGUUGGGCGAAGUGCUCUCGGCGAGCCCGCGGCACGGGCUGCUCGGGUUAUCGCCGCCGGGGGGCGGCGUCGGCUCGAAGCAGCAGCAGCAGCACGCGCUCGGCGCCCCCGGCGGCGACGUGCUCAAGGUGCUCGCGGCGCGCUUCGCGGCGGAGAAGCACGGCGACGCGCGCGCGGCGCUCGCGGCGUGCCUCGCGGCGCUCGCGGACGCGGCCGGCGCCGCGGCCGCGGGCGCGCUCGCGGCGCUCGCGCGCGCGGCGGCCGACGAGGCCGAGGCGAAGAAGACCAAGGGCGGCGGGGCCGAGACCGCGAGACCGCCGCCGAAGCCCUCGGGCCUCAAGCUGAGCCGGUCGACGUCCGGCGGCGAGGUCGCCGCGGGCGCGAGCCCGGUCCGGUCCGCGCGCGCGGAGGUCGACGGCGCGCUCAAGCUCCUGGACGACAUCCUCGAGCUCGGCUGCAAGCAUCUGGCCGAGGACCGCGUCGACGCGCGUCUGGAUGUCGCGCGCGCCUGCGGGUCGGCGCUCGCGGCGCACGUCGCGGCCGCGCGCGCGGCGCGCGACCGCGCGGCCGUCGGCGCGGCGCGCGCGGACGACGGCGACAAGGCCAAGGGCGGCGACGCCGCCGCGGGCAGCCCGCGGCCCGAGGGGUCCACGCGCAUGGCGCGGCUCCGCCAGUCCGUCCAGGGCGGCUCGCCCGCGGCGGCCGCGGACGCGCCGAAGAAGCGGUCCGCGUUCGGCGCGGCGCUCUGCGGCUCGGACCGGGGCGGGACGAGGGUGAUUCGACGUCGCUUCAACGUGGGCUCGGACGGCGCGGGGCCGAGCCUCGUCGGCGCCGUGGGCUUCCUGGCGGCGCUGGUCGCGCGGCACCGCCGCGACCGGAGCCGGCGGGGCGUCGCGGGCGCCGCGCGCGCCGUCGGCGCGCUCCUGGAGCGCGAGGCCGGCGCGCUCGCGACGUGCGACGCGCGCGAGCUCGCGGCGGUGCUGCGCGCGACGCUCGCGCCGCUGCGCGACGACGCGCGCGCGUCCCAGGACGACGACGACGCGGCGGCGGCGGCGCGCUGCGCCCUGGGCCGCGAGCUGCGGAAGCGCCUCGGCGCGGCGCCGGAGCAGUUCCAGCGCGACGCGCUCGCCGCGCUGCUCGGGCUCCUCGGGUCGCCGCGCGGCGGCGACGACGCGCCGGCCGUCGCGGGGCCGCGCCUCGGCGAGCACGAGCUCCAGGUCGCGCUCGCGGAGUGCAGCCAUCUGGCCACGGCCCUCGGCGACGCGGCGGCGCCCUGCGGCGACGGCCUCGAGCGCGCGGCGCUGUCGUUCUCGUCCGACGCGAGCUUCGGCGUCCGCGCCGAGGCCGCGGCCGUCGGCGGCGCGCUCGGCGGCGCGCUGCGCCCGCGGCUCGCGCCCCUGGCGACGAUGGCGCUGAAGGCGGCCAUGGCCGAGCAUCAUGCGUUGGUGGACCUCGCCGUCGCGGGCGACCAGGCCGGCGGCAAGAAGCGCGUCAAGGACGUCCGCGUCCGCAUGUGCGCGCUCCACGGCGCGGCGACGCUCGCGGCGACGCUCCUGCGCAGCUUCGACGCCGGCGCGGCGGGCCCGUCGCGGGCGCUGGUCGACGAGGCGCUCGCCGUCGCGGAGGGCUUGGUCAUGCGCCAGUUCGACGCGUCCUUGUGCGCGGCGAACCGCGCGGCGGUGCUCGUGACGUGCGUCCGCGCGGGCUGGGCGCUCGUGGGCGCCCUCGUCGCGGCGUCGGGCGACGCGUCCUGGCUCGACGCGCGGCGGCGGCGCCUCGUCGAGGUCUGGGGCCGGGCCAUCGACGCCGCGGGCGACGGCGACGCGCUGUCCGGCGGCUACGGCGUCGCCGACGGCGGCGGCGCGCUCGACGAGACGCACGAGCUCGUUUGUUUAGAAGCGGCGGCGGCGUCCGUGCACGCGCUGGCGCAGUCCGCGGGCGCGGCCCUCGAGGGGCCGCUGGGCCGCGACGUCGCGAGCUUGCUGGCCAAGGUCGUCUUCGCGGCGCGCGGCCGCCUGUCGCGCCCCGCGCGCGCGCACGGCCGCUUCCGCCUCAAGCUCGUCGCCGCGGGCCUCCUCGAGGCCUACGCGGCCCUGCCGCCGGCGGCCUUCGAGGGCGACCCGCGCGCGGCGGGCCGCGUCUUCGACUGGGCCGUCGGGUUGGUGCUGGUCGCCGGCGCCGCGUUGCCCGGCGACGCGCCGCGGAGCGACGUCGAGGCGGCCUUCGCGCCGCUACCCAACGAAUCCCUGGCGCUCACGUCGGAGUUCCCGCCCGGCAUCGACCCCUGCUUCUUCGUCGGCCACGCGGCGGCCGGCGCGGGCGUCGGCGACGGCGCGGACGUCGGCGCGGCGGCCGCCGCCGCCGCGGGCUUCGGCCGCGACUUCGCCGACGCGCUGGGCGUCCAGUGCUGCGAGGCGUUGGACCACAGCGAGCGCGAGGCGCUGGCGUUCCUGGACGUCGAGCGGGGCUGCCCCGCGGCGCGCGUCGACGCGCGGCUCGUCGACGCGGCGAAGAACGCCGCGGGCGCGCUCGCGGCGCUCGUCGCGCCCGCGGCGCAGCGGAGCGCGAUCGACGCGCUGAGCCGGGCCCUGACGCACGCGCUGACGCCGCCGAAGAGCGGCCUCAUGUCGAGCGAGGAGGACCGGCGGCGCCGGGAGCGGCGCCACGCGACGGCGGCGGCGAACGCGUGCGCCGCGCUCCUGGCGAUUUUGGACGCGCUGCCGCGGACGUUCGCGCGCGUCGCGGACGCGACGGCGGACCCCUUCGGGCCGGCGAGGACCGUGUCGACGUCGCCGCUGAGCGACGCGCCCCGGGACGCCCUGGCGAAAGCUUUAGCCGCGGCGUCGCCGCUCUGCCGCCGCGCGGCCGCGAGCGCGAUGGCGAAGCUCGUCUGCCGCCUCGAGGAGCCCAAGGCCAAACUCGCGGCGGCCAAGGCGCUGGCCGACGCCUGCGGCAAGGCCGACGCGCCGCGGAGCGAGCCCGACGCCGCGCGGCGCGCGGCGGCGGCGGCGGCCGUCGGCGACCUCGCGCGCGAGCGCGUGCUCACGCACGCGUCCGCCGCCGACGCGCUCGCGAAGCCGCUCGCGGGCUGCGCGCCCAAGCCCGCGCUCCAGCGCGCCUGGGCUUUGGCGGCGCUCGCCGACGCCGUCGCCGGCUGCCGGCCCCACGACGACGAGGCGAAGCGGCGGUCCUUCGUGGCGCUCGUUUUAGAUGCUUUGGAGACGCAGCUCGUGACGCCGGGCGCGGCGGGCCUCGGCGGCGGCGUGAGAAUCGAAACCGCGGGCGGCGACAAGGCGCCCGCGGACGGCGACCGCGCGACGGCCUUUGGUCUCGACGCGCCGGCGCUCCUCUGGCUCGGCAUCAGCCGCUGCGUCGCCGCGCUCGCGCCCCACGCGCGCGGGCUCCGGCCGGGGCCCGACGGCCCUCUGAUAUCGCGCUACGGCGCCGCCGCGGACGCGUGCCGCUGCCCGGGCGCGGAGCGGCGGUCCGAGGGCCGCGCGGCGGCGGCGGCGGCCCACGUGCCGGCGCUCGUCGCCGCGGCGGGGCUCAGCGGGGGCGCGCUCCUGGACCAGCUCGCGCUCUUGGGAGACGCGACGCUCGACGACGACGCGUCGGACGCCGUCGCGGCGGCCGCGCUCGACGCUCUGGCGACGACGGCGCUCGACCUCGACGCGCGACAGCGGCCCGAGGCGCCGGCGGCCCGGGCCGUCGCGCGCGCCCUCUGCCUCAAGGCGCUGGACGGCGGCCUGGGCCGCGCGACGUGCGCGCGCGCGCCGCGGUGGCGCGGCGCGGCGCUGCCGGGCGCGUUCGAGGCGCGCGAGCGCGCCGCGCGCGCGGCGGACGCGGCGGCGCGGGGGUUGGAGGCCCUCGCGGACGCGCGCCCCGACGCCUCGUCGGGCGACGCGGGCGCCGUGCCCUGGCUCCUCCUCGCGGACGCGUGCCACCAGCGCGCGGCGCGCGGCGCGACGGCGGACGCGGCGUCGGUCGUCCGCGCCGCCUGCGAGGCCUUCGGCGACGCCGCCUGGCUGCCGCCGGCGCCGGAGGUCCGGCCCGAGGCCGGCGGCGACGAGGCGGAGGAGGACGAGGCCAAGGCGCCGCGCCGCGGCGCCGCGCGGCGCGCCGAGGCGCUCGACGCGAACCGGGCCCUGGCGCUCCUGGGCCUCGACGUCUUCGCGGCGCCGCCGCGCUGGCAGGCCAAGGUCGCCGUCGUCGCCGUCGCCGCGGCGGCGCUCCGGAGGGCCGGCGGCGCCGCGGACCGCGGCGCCGCGGCCGCCGCGCGCGCCGCGCUCGACGGCGCCGCGGCCGCGAACGACCGGCGGACCGAGGCGCACGAACGGGCGUCGCGCAGGCACGCGGCCGACGCCGAGGCCGGCGCGAAGCAGCCGCCGCCCGAGGCGCCGACCCUCGAGCCGCUGCCGGACGCCGUCGCGCUCCGGGCCGACGCGCUCGUGCGCCUCGGCUGCGCGCUGGCCACCGCGACCGUCGGCGACGACCACGGCCUCGACGCGUUGCAGGCGUCCGGCCUGGAUCUCGUGGCGGCGCUCGUCGGGCGCCUGGGCGCGGUCGCGGACCCGGACGCGCCCGACGACGCGGCGCUGCUGCAGCAGUACGCGAGCCAGCUCGGCGCCGCCGCGCGGUGCGGUUUAGGAGCGGCGCGGCCGACGCCGAACGUCGUCGCGGCGCGCGCGUGCGUCGAGCGCAUGGCCGAGGCGGGGCUGCUCGCCGACGCCGCGGCCUGGAAGCGGUUGCUGCGGGUCGCGGCGUCGACGCCGUCGCUGGCGAAGCCCGACGACGACGCGUCCGCGCUCGCGCCGGGCGGCGACGACGGCGCGGCCGACGACGUCGCGAACCACGUCGCGCGGCUCGGCCUCCUCGCCACCGCGUCCCUGCGCGGCACGUCCGGGGCCGCCGUGCCCGACAUCGGCCGCUUCCGCCGGCGCUGGCUCGCCGUCGCCAAGGACGGCGCGCGCUUCCUCGCCAAGGAGCGGCGCGCGGGCGGGCCCUACGACGCGGACGCGUUCGCGGGCGCCUACUUCGACGUCGGCGCGGGCGCCUGCUACGACGGCCGCGCGGACGCCGCCGGCGUGCGUCGAGCGCUCGUCGACGCCCUGCCGGCGUGCUGCGCGGCGGCGGCGGCCGCGCCCGCGGCGCCGGGCGACGACGCCGUGCUCGGCGACGACGCGCUGCUGGGCGUCGCGCUGGCCUGCGCCGUCGACGGCGACGGCGGCGGCGCCGUCGCGGCCCUCUUGGCGCACUCGUCGACGCUCGGCGCGGGCGCCGUCGCCGCGGCGUUCGGCGCGCUCGCGGAGGCGUCGGACGGCGCGGCGCUCGCCGCGGCCGUCGCGUACCUCGAGGGCGGCCGCCGCGAGGGCCUGGCUAUGGUCGGCCGCGUGGCCUGCGCCGCCGCGCGGCGCGCCGUCGACGCGGGCGCGUGGACGCCCGCGGUAGACGCGGGGCUCGAGGCCGUCGCGCGGCUCGCCGCGCGCGCGCCGGACCCGCGGCGCGUCGCCGUCGCGCUCCGCGCGGCGGCCGCGCCGCCCGAGGCCGCCUGGGUCGCGAGCGGGCCCGACGCCGCGGCGGCGGCCGCCGCGGGCGCGGCGCUCGAGCCCCUGGUGGCCUCGGGCUCGGCGCACGCGCUCGCCGCGGUUUUACCGCUGCUGCCGCCGCGGGGCGCCAAGGCGCUGCCGGCGGCGUCCGCCGACGCCGUCGCCGCCGAGCUGUUGCCGCGGCUCGCGCGCGCCGUCGCGGCGGCCCACGAGCAACGCGGCGACGCCGACUUCGUGGCCGCGGGCGCGCAGGCGCUCGUCGUCGCCGCCGUUUCCGCGCGCGAGCCGGCGCGCCGCGCGCCGCUCCUCGCGGGGCUCGUCUCGACGGCGCUCGCGCCGCUCCUCGCCGCCGACGCGGGCGGCGUCGCCGAGCUCCUCGUGAAGCUCGCCAAGGGCAACGUCGACCUCUUCCGCGGCGCCGUCGCCGCGCUCGCGCCGGCCGACGUCGCGCUCGUCCAGGCCGCGAUGGGCAAGGCGAUCAAGCGCGCCGCGGCGCCGCCGACGCGCCUCGCGCCGCCGCCCCGGGCGUCGCCGGGGGGCGGCGGGCUCAAGCUCAACAUGAGCCAGUACCGUCGAGAAAGCACGGAGCUCCAGGCCCUGUGGAUGGGGGUGAUCCCCGUCAUCGCCUACGUGACCACGGACGUGACGGUGGGGGUCCGCAAGGUCCGCAAGCGCCGCGCGAGGCAACGGCAGGCGGCGCUCGACGCGGCCGUCGCGUCCGCGCGGGAGGAGGCGCUCGCCGAGGGCCAGCAGCGCCUCGAGGCCGCCAUGAAGGAGGCCGAGGCGACGAGGUGGGCCGCCGUCACCACGGUCAAGGCCGAGGCGGCCGAGGCGAAGCAGCGGGCGCUCUCGCAGGCGAGCGACGCGUCGAAGCGGGCGCUCGCCAUGGCCUCGGCGCAGGCGGCGGCGGCGCGGGAGCAGGCGCUCGCGAGCCUCUCGGCGACGAAAGAGGCCGAGGCGCGCGCGCUCGAGGCCGAGGUCGAGGCCGCGCGCGAGGUCGCGGAACUCGAGAAGGCGGCCGCGGCCGAGGCCGCGAGCUCCGCGCGGACUUCGCUCGAGAGCCUCCAGGCGGACCUCGCGGCGGCCGAGAAGGAGCGCGACGCGGCGCAGGACCGCGCCGACGGCUUCGAGACGGAGCGCGAGGCGCUCAAGGACCAGAUCUGGGCGCUCGACGCCGAGUUCGAGGAGUCGACGGUCGCGCUCAACGAGAAGUUCGAGGCGGACCUCGCGGACCGCGUCCAGCAGGCCAAGGAGAAGGCGGAGGCGCGCGGCGAGGCGGCGACGACCCGCGCCCUCGCGGGCCUGCGGGACGAGAUGGAGGCGUCCUACGCCGCGGACCGCGCCGCGGCGAAGGAGGCCUACGACGCCAAGAUGGGGGAGCUCGAGGUGUCGCUGGCCGCGACGACCGCGGACCUCGACGCGACGAAAGAGGCAGUGGAGACGGAGCGCGUGCGCGCGGACGCGGCGACGCGCGACCUCGAGGGCGCGACGGAGUCGAAGCAGCGCUGGGAGCAGCUCGCGACGGCCGCGGAGCGCCGCAUCAACGCGCAGCGCGAGCUCGCGGAUCGCGCGCGAGAGAUCGCCUCGGCGAUGAGCGUGGGCGACACCGAGGAGGCGGCGGCCGCCGCCGCAUCGCAGCCCGCGGUGCUCCGGAGCCUCGCCGAGGCCGCGUCCGCGCCGCUCCCGGACGUGCAGACGUGGCGCGAGUUCGAGUCCCCGCCGGAGGACGACGUCGGCGUCGGCGCGCCCCUCUUCGGCGAGAAGAAGGCGAAGCGCGAGGCACUAGAGGCCGCCGCCGCGCCGCCGGACCUCGACGACGCGCCGGAACUUGCGCCGGAGGCGCCGAAGAAGGCCGCAACCGGGCUCCAGACGAGCCCGACGGCCCCGAAGCCGAAGCCGCGCGUCACACUGAAAAAAACGGACGACGAGGCGCGCGACGAAAAGAUCGUCGCCGUGCACGAGGCGCCGCCGCCGCCGGCGCCGAUGGCGAGCGCGGGCGCGGCGCUGCCGGACAAGGCGCUGGAUACCUCGCCGUCGCCGUCGCCGCCGCCCACGACGCCGACGCCCCCGGCGGCCGCCGCGCCGCUCUUCCGCAAGGGCCAGAGCGUCUGGUACGCGUCGACGCCCAAGACGUCGCACGACGCGCUCGUGCUCGAGGACGCGGCCGCCGGCGCGGCGACGGUGCGCAUCCGCUUCAAUACGAAUCGCUUCGUCGAGGACGUGCCCGUGGCCCGGGUGUCGGACAUCACCGCCGGGCGGUCGCGGCGGCGCGCGGCCGCGGCCGCGCCGCCGCCGCCGCCGCCGCCGGCGGCGCCGACGGCGGAGAAGCGGCCGCGGAAGCGGCGCGCGGCCGAGAAGCCCGCCGCCGCGGCGCCGAAGAAGUCGCGCGGCGGCGGCGGCGCGCGCGCGGCCGCGGCGCCCAAGAAGUCGCGCGGCGGCGGCGCGCGCAAGGCCGAGGCGCCGAAGAAGUCGCGCAGCGGCGCGCGCAAGCCCCGGGCCGCCGAGGCCGCGAAACCGCCCCCGGCCGCGGCGUCCGAGAAGGCGUCCAAGCAGGCCGCCGCCGCGGCGGCGCCGCCGCCGCCCGCGGGCGGCGACGACGACUGGCUCGUCGAGGGGAGCCCCUGGAUCGGCACGCGGCUCAUGCGCACCGUCUUCGACUUCGACGCGCACGCGGCGGCGACGAAGGCCGACGUCGCCUUCGAGCCGCAGAGCCUCGCGUCGCGGGAGGGCCGCGCGGGCGGCGCGCGCAAGGUCGCCGUGGACCAGUGCGCCUGCGUCGUCGUCGGCUGGCUGCCCGCGGACCGGUCCGACUUCCUCGACGACGACGGCUUCCCCGCGGCCUUGUAUCGCGUCCGCUACGAGGACGCGGAGCUCGCGGGCGACGUGGAAGACCUCGAGGAGCACGAGCUCGAGGAGUGCCAGGGCCAGCCCAAGGACGUCGACGAAUUGGAGGCGGGCGCCGCCGCGGACUACGACGCCGUGCUCGCGGCGCUCCGGACCGUCGACGUGACGGUAUUAACGCCGGACCUGCGGCGGAACGUGCGGCUCCACGAGCGCCAGGAGGUGCGGUCCAUCCCCAUCGGCGCCAUCGGCCGCGGCGCGGGCGGCACGGGCGUGCGCGUCUCCGAGGAGACGCGCGACCGGCCGCGGCUCGCGCGGCUGCUGGCCGCCUACGGGCGCGCCGUGCUCCCGGAGAGCUUCCUCUUCACGUCGAUCCAGGUCAACGCGAACUACCGGUCCGCGAUGCACUGCGACGGCGGCAACGUCGGCGCGUCGGCGAUCUGCGCCUUUGGGGACUUUACCGGCGGCAACCUCUGGACCCACGACCGCGGGCUGCUGCGGGUCGACGGCGACGGCCGGGGCGCGCCGCGCUACUUCAACGGCAACAUGCCGCACAUGACCAUGCCCUUCGACGGCGAGCGCUACAGCCUCAUCUACUUCUGCUGCGGCAACUGGGGCUCGUUGAGCCGGGCCGACGAGGCCGCGCUCUGCGACAUGGGCUUCCGGUUCCCCCGGCGGCCCGCGUCGCCGCACUGCGGCCCGUCGCCGCCGCGCGACGACAGGUCCUACGAGCGCCACAAGUUCCCGACGCCGAAGAAGGCCUUCGAGUACGAGUACGGCUUCCAGAUCCACGAGGACCACAUCAUCGAGGCCGCGCUCACGAACUACUCGCUCUGGCGCGACCGCUUCCGCGUCGGCGACUCCGCGCGCGACGCGGCGACGCUCGACCGCGCCUGCGCGCUCCAGCGCCGCGGGCCGGGCGCCGACGUCUCCGACGUCGUCCCGGGGCUGGUGUUGGGCGCGAACGCGCGCCUCGCCUGGGACUGCUUCGCCGGCGAGGGCGCGCGGAACAUGGCCUGCGCGGCCGUCGGCUGGCGCCACCUCAAGCAGCCGCUCGGCGGCUGCGUGCUCUACUGCGAGCGGCGGCCGCGGUCCGAGGCCUUCGUCUUCGGCGUCUUCUACGACGACGGCGACUUCGAGGAGCUCUCGCUGUCGGAGCUCGCGGGCCGGGGGCCGCCGGCGCCCUACGUCGUCUACGAGGGCGAGAAGACGAACUACGUCGAGGUCACGGGGCUGCCGCCGCCGAGCGUCGCGACGCUCGGCGACGUCGUCGACGCGCCCGCGCUCGCGCGGAAGGCGCUCGCGGCCGCCGCGCCCGCCGACGACGACGCGGACCGCCAGCGCGCGGGCAAGGUCCGCUUUCCCGGCGGCGAGCUCGCGGGCUCGAACCCGCGCCGCGUGUCCAAGGUCGUCGGCGGCCACCACAUGGCCGCGCUGGGCCUCCUGCCGCCCGCGCCCGCGCCCGUGCCGGACAAGUGGCUCUCGGCGGAGUAA